UUGCCGAGAACAUCUCAAUUCUCAAGCUUGAGUACUCACUCAUCAGUCAGUCAUCAUCUCUCUCACCACAUGAGCAGCAACGACAUGGAGCUGCUCUUCCUCUCUUUGCUUCUCCUGGUUGUUCUCUUCCUUUCUCUUUCUCUUCGUUACCUGGUCUACAAACACACCUCCCAUGCACCCGGCAAAAAGCUCCCGCCGGGCCGGAUGGGCCUGCCGUUCGUCGGCGAAAGUAUCGAAUUCUUUUCUCUGGGGCGGAAAGGUAUCCCUGAGAAAUUCUUCUUCGACCGGAUGGCCAAGUUCUCCAAGGAAAUCUUCAAGACUUCGUUGCUUGGCGAGAACACCGCAGUAGUCUGCGGCCCCAACGGGAACAAGUUCUUGUUCUCCAACGAGAACAAGCUUGUCACCGCCUGGUGGCCACGCUCCGUCGACAAGAUAUUCCCUUCUUCCACCCAGACCUCCUCCAAAGAGGAAGCCAAAAAGAUGCGAAAAUUGCUUCCCCAGUUCCUCAAACCCGAAGCACUGCAUAGGUACAUCGGGAUCAUGGACACAAUCGCACAGAGACACUUCAAGGCCAGCUGGGAUGACCGGGACGAGGUGACUGUGUUCCCGCUGGCCAAGCGCUUCACCUUCUGGUUGGCUUGCCGACUUUUCUUGAGCAUCGAAGAUCCCGAUCACGUCGCUAAGUUCGCCGACCCGUUCAACGCCUUGGCGUCUGGUAUCAUUUCCAUACCCAUCAAUCUUCCCGGGACACCAUUCAACAAAGGAAUCAAAGCUUCCAACGAGAUCAGGAAGGAGCUUCUGGCUAUCAUCAAGCAACGAAAGAUCGAUCUGGCCGAGAACAGGGCCUCGCCCACGCAAGAUAUACUGUCUCACAUGCUCCUCUACACCGACGAGGACGGCCAAUUCAUGAACGAAAGAGACAUCGCCGAUAAGAUCUUGGGUUUACUCAUCGGCGGCCACGACACGGCCAGCGCUGCCAUUACUUUCGUCAUGAAGUAUCUCGCAGAGCUUCCUGAAAUCUACAAUGAAGUCUACAAAGAGCAAAUGGAGAUCUCAAAGUCUAAACCCCCCGGCGAGAGGUUGAAUUGGGAUGACUUGCAGAAGAUGAGGUACUCAUGGAAUGUGGCAAGUGAAGUGAUGAGACUUGCACCACCCCUUCAGGGAGCUUUCAGAGAGGCCCUUAUGGAUUUCACCUUUCAAGGUUUCUCCGUUCCAAAGGGAUGGAAGUUAUACUGGGCUGCCAAUUCCACACACAGGAAUCCAGAGUACUUCCCGGAGCCUGAGAAGUUUGACCCAUCGAGGUUCGAUGGAAGUGGACCAGCUCCUUAUACAUAUGUUCCAUUCGGAGGAGGACCCAGAAUGUGCCCAGGGAAAGAGUAUGCUCGAUUAGAAAUACUUGUGUUCAUGCACAAUGUGGUGAAGAGGUUCAAGUGGGACAAAAUUCUGCCUAACGAGAAGAUCAUCGUCGACCCAAUGCCAAUGCCUGCCCAAGGACUUCCCAUCCGCCUUCACGCUCACAAAGCUUAAGUUGGUGAAGAGGAUGCCGAUCGAGCUUUGUAUUUCUUUGUUUUCUUUCUGAAAUGUUUGUACUUGUUGCCUAUCCUUAAUAGGGCAAAGUCUGUAUUGUCUAGUUUUUGUUUUCUUUUCUUGUGGGGAAUACUGAUGAGUGUACAAUAAAUAAAAUGAAAUAAAAGAUCACAUGCAAGUAGUCUAACUCCCUGUUUGUAUUUUAAUCAAACA